GUGUUCACACGGCUCCCGUCACGCUGCACACGCCCGGGAUGCGUUGGACGAAAUGACCGACAGUAGUCGUGGCGACGAUGGCACGAAGUCCUCCCCGCACACCGAUGACGCGUUCCACGAAAUGACCGCAAAUGGACUACGCUCCGGCCUUAUUCCUCUACGCGCUUUCUCGGUGGCACACGCCCGGGAUGCGUUCGACGAAAUGACCGACAGUAGUAGUCGUGGCGACGAUGGCACGAAGUCCUCCCCGCACACCGAUGACGCGUUCCACGAAACGACCGCAAAUGGAUUACGCUCCGGCCAUAUCCCUCUACGCGCUUUCUCGGAGAGAUGCGAUCUUUUCGUGCAACCUUCGUCAAAAUGAGGUAGGUAUAUUACAGAUGCCCUUCUGAUGUCGCGAGUUAUAAUAGCGUUACUUUGGCUCUCACCUUGUCCCGAAUGGGAGCCCGAUUAGGUUGGUAUUUCUUGGUAUGUUGUAGAAUUGACGAGGACGAGUGGGUUGCAUCAUACAAUUAGAUAUUGGUGAGAUUGACCAGUAUAUUAAAUCUGCUUACUUAAAAUCGGAGCUUUCGGCGGUUUGUUCACGAAUGUAGUGUCAUCUAAUACUAUGCUUCAAAAGAUUUACCUGGUAGAACAGUUUGAUGCAGUUCAAGUGCUUUAGACUCGAAGAAUAGUUCAGAAGAAGUUGGUCCUACCUGAUGGUUACCUCGGAUAUCUUGAAGAUGGGCAAGACUUUCUUGUUCAUCUAUGUAACUGGAUGUGAAUUUUGGUUUGAAUGUGGAGCUUGAGGGUGGAAGUUUCAGUCUGGUCCCCGUGGAGAAAGUUUCAGCAGUGACAAAUGCUAUCAAGUCUGUCAUCCUUAAUUGCCGUUUCAGUUGAGGACAUGACUGUGGUGGACACCUACUUCAGUCAGGUGCCUGCAGAGAAGUUUCAGUGUUGACAACAGUUCUCGAGAACAUCCAUGUAUUUAUACCUGCAAAGCAAUGUUUCCUGAACCAUUCACCCUUGCAGUUGUUUCAUUUGAGGAGAUGACUGAGAUACGUUUUCCUUCUAUACAUGGGAAUGCAAAAGAAAAGGUAGGAAUCAUGGAGCCCAUGCAAUUCGGCAGUUCUAGCAGCUGCGGGGUGCAAAUCGAUCAGACCUUUGAAGAAUAUGCUGGUGUUGUGAGCGACGAUGAUGACUACUGGAGAGCUGGCAGCUCCAGAGAAGGUGACACAUUUGGUGAUUUCAGAGAACACCCUGUUGGUGAGAUCAGCCCAUCCAUGAACCAAAGAACCGAGAUCGAGACCGCAAGAUCGAGCAGCAGAGACUCGGAUGCCAGAUUGCUCAACGAUUGGAUGGAAAAUGUGCAACACAGAAUGACCACUGCCAGUCAAAGCAGGCGAUCUCACAACAGGGCACCUUGCACUAUCUAUGAAAUCCCUGCUAACAUUCGGAAGCAUGACACCCAAGCAUAUCAGCCGAAGGUAGUCGCCAUAGGCCCAUACCACCGGGAGAAGACCGGGCUUCGCAUCACCGUCGAUGACAAAUGGAGGUGUCUCAGACACAUGCUUUCGUUUGUUUCUCCCAGAUUUCGUGAGGAAGAAAACCAACUGAGAAUCUGGAUCAAGAAUAUAAAGGAGAAAGAGGAAUUGGCUCGCAGCUGUUACUCGAGAGAUGCCUACAUGGAAAGUUACAGUUUCGUGGAGAUGCUCCUGCUAGAUGGUUGCUUUAUUCUCUACAUCCUGCUGAUGAUAGUUAAGAAGACAGAGGUUGUGGUGGAGGAUCCAAGAAAGGAAGAAAGCACUGAGGUGGAUGAGAAAUCCGAGAAGAUGCAUACUGAGGAGUGCCCUCUUGUCGGUGUGUUUUGGCAAUGGAACCACAUCAAACUUGACUUGCUAUUGCUUGAAAACCAAAUACCUUUCUUCAUCAUUCAGGACCUCUUCAACCACACUAUGAAUCCUGGCAUCAAGCACAUUUCCAUUCCUCAUCUAGCACUCGAGCUCUUCGAUGAACUUCAUCCCAAGAUGAACAAAGACAUGUUCCAUUUUGGUCCUGAUGGUAAUGGUAUUCUUCAUUUAUUACAUCUUUUCCAUUCUGCUAUGGUACCAUCUCCCAACUACAGAAUGACGGACACAGAGUGCUGGAAUCCCAACUCACCCUCAUCUAGUACCACGCAGCAAUUGCACAUCCCCAGUGCCACUGAACUUGGAGAGUCUGCAGUACGCUUCAGAAGAAAGGAUCAUGCACGUAGCUUCCUUGAGGUAGCAUUCUGCAAUGGGGAACUGGAGAUCCCAACUCUGCACAUAUUUGACUACAGCAAUGCCCUCUUCCGGAACCUGAUCUCCUUUGAGCAAUGCUAUCCUGGGGUGAGUCCCUACAUCACAGCUUAUGCAUCAUUCAUGGAGUGCAUCAUGCACCGUGAGAGGGAUGUGAGGCUUCUUCACUUGAGCGGAACGGUAGUCAACAGGCUCAGCACUGAUAAGGAUGUAGCUGUUUUCUUCAAGCAGAUCUGUUACCAGGUCAGCCAGUCUUGCAUCCCUAGUUACUUAUCUCCUCUGUAUAAGGAAGUAUCAGAUCAUCACAGCCACCAGUGGAGAAGGUGGAGUGCGGAGUUGAAGCGGCACUACUUCUCCAAUCCAUGGGUGACCCUUUCAGUAGUUGCUGCCAUCAUCCUGCUUUGUCUCAACUUCAUUCAGACUUUGUAUUCUGUCCUUGGCUAUUAUCACAAAUUAUGACACUUCCAUCAAAAAAGAAAACACUACCCAAAAGAUCACUACAUGUUUGUAUGGUUGUCUUUGUGAGUCUCAAUAAUUGAUCUGCAGCUACAUGUUUACCAACUUUAAUAAACAUAAAUGUUGAAUCAUUUUUUAUAGAUUAGCAAACUUGAUUGGUUUUA